AUGGCAACCGUGGUUCCAUUGUCAGAUGAAGACCCUGCCCUCGUCGUGGUCAGAUUCACUGCAGAACUCGCUUGGGCUGACGGUGGUGCUGAGGUAUUAAAAAUUGUUAUCCUCUGCCUAUUACUAUUUUUUGUGCUGUAUACUUGUGACUCAUUGAGUGUAUUGAUAUGCCAUUUUUCUCGGCUUACGUUGCCUAUACGUCUCUAUCUUCAGGUCAAUCAAUUGCUCAACUUAGUUUAGGCUUUAAAUAGUUGGUUCUACAUCUUUCUUAUCAAAGAAAUAAUGUCACCUAACUGUUCUUUGAGUCCACCAAUGGGAGAUUGGAAAUAACAUCAAUGAAAUGUUAGUGUUGCCUUAGUUCGAGCACGUUUUUUUUAUAACUAUGAUGGUCCUAAAAAUAUGCGAUGUUGGUGGCUUGUCUGAAAUAUGUAUUUUGAUUAUAUAAUAAUGUGAACGUAUGCUUCUGUUGCUUUAUUCAAUGUACAGAGUUUUAGAACAAUCGCAUGUACAGUUGAACAGAUUUAUUGCGAUCUGGCUUAUGUUAUAUCCGAAUGAAAUUUUUCAUCAUAAUUUUUAAUUUCUGGGACCAAGCCCAAUGAGAAAAUGAAUUUUAUAGUCUUACGGCUUUGAGCUUCUAUGGCUCCAUUAUGGUAAGGUACAGACUUUCACUUUUUUUGAUAUAUAAUAUUUUUUUGAAAAAUGUCCAAAUUUCAUGUGAAUAGGGAUAAUUUGAAGAAUCAUGAGCACUAAUAUCAUUAGAGUUUAAAGUGCCCACGGUUUUCUCUGCAUUACAUCUUCGACAGGUCAUAAUUGUCUCCUUUGUUUAGAAUGAAGGAGGUGCUUGUUCCUUUAAAUAUGGAUGGCUGAUGAUCAUGAAUUUUCACUGGUUACAUGUUUGAGCUUACGAUUUUACUUUAGUCUAUUAUAGUGCAUCAUUCAGAUUCAUUUUCUUGUUUAAUGCCUAAAAUAUUCCCUUAAAUUAGGGAAGAAAUAAAUAAAAUGGUCACUGAUGCUUUUUAACAGAUUGCGGAACCCCAAGUUUCCCGGUUGUAUGCUGAGGCAGAGGACUGCAUGGUGAUGGGGAGAUGGUUGGAUCUAGCUUCCCUUAUGCUUACGUCAGCAGACCUAGUUUUUUCUCGAGUGUCUGAGAAGGGUAUGAAUUUACGUUUUACAACCUCGGGAUAACUUUCAACGUCUUAAAUCAGUCAUGUUUUCCCAGUUUUUUUUUUUUUUAAGUUUGCCGCUUAUGAGCUGAUAAUUUAAUUUUACAGUCCUAGAAAGCCGAAAGUUUCCUAUAUUGAGCCCUGCGAGUUCAAUCGAUGAGUGUUUGAACCAUCUUGUGCUUUAAAAACUAUAUGAUUUCAUUAUAUUUAGUUUCUCUUUUCUAGAUCUGGAGUGCAUCUUUACCGUCAUAUGCAACCUUGUCACGCGCACUAGUUCUCUUGAUGAGGCAUUGGAGGUGGCGAAACUCAUAUCUGCAAAACUUCUUCAGCAACCUGGUGACAAGCCAUCUCUGCGUCUGAAGAUGUGAGGAAAUAUUUUGCAUCUAGUUUCUUUUGGAAUUUUAACCUGUAUCUUACGCUUUCUCUAAUGCUCUGCUGCAGCUUAUUCAAUCUGUACAAUCUACUGGAGAACCCAUACAGCAAGUUCUUUGUUUAUACCAAGGCACUUGAUUUGGCCAUCAGUGGAAAAGUCACCGACCAUGUCAUACCAACAUUUAAAAGGAUUGACAGUUUUUUGAAGGAGUGGAAGCUUGAGAAGGUGGAGGAGAGAUCUCUUUUUCUCACCAUAGCUAACAUUUUAAAGGAUAGCAAAAGGUAAUCACGAAGGCCAAUUUAAAUGUAUUCUAUCUCUUUCUUUGCUACUCUUGACUCAUGGCUAUCCCUGGUUGACAGCAUGGGAAAGGAAUCUCUAUCUUUCCUGAUUAAGUAUUUAGGGACUUUCUCCACUGAGGAUGCAUAUGUUCUGAGUGAAGCCAAAGAGGAAGCUGCGAGGGCUAUUAUAGAGUUUGUGAAGUCUCCAGAUAUGUUCCAGGUUCGUUAUUACCUAAUUGCCGUUUUAUGAUGCCAUAAUGUUAAGAAUCUAUUCACUUAGUCAUGUUGACCUCGGCAGCUAAAUUUCAUUUACCAUUCAAAAGUUCCUUCUGACAUAAAAUUAAAUCUUUAGCGCAGAGACAUUCUGUUUGUCAUUCUAAAGCCGUACGUGAACCAUUUUCAUAGGGUAUCGUUCGUUUAGAGUUGUCCUAAUAGAUGACUUAUUGUCUAUCUCCUCAGGUUGUCCACAAGCUGUGUAUCUGUUGUCAAGUGAUUUCUUGUUUGCUCCCGCAUCAUACUUCUUUUCUGUUUUUUAUAGGAUUGAGGUCUUCACUGUCCUCGUUCUUUGUCCCCAGCUUUUGCUAAAUUAUGAAUAAGCAAUAAUUCUCGUCAUAUAAUCCACUUCUGACGGAGUGUUAAUGAAGGUUUCAUCCAGAUGUGAAGAGAAUGGCAUCCAAUAUGUUUAAUGUGGAAAAGUAACGUUGAUGAUUUAAUGUUUUCGUUGAGCAGGGGGAGCUGGUUUUGAGUUGUUCAGUGAAUUUGCAAUGGAUCAAAAAAUUUAGGAUUUGAAGGGUAUUUUCUGCUUCUUUAGAGUAAUUUUCUCGUGCUUUGAAGUAGAUAAAUCCAUUGUGGUAAUAAAAAAUGUAAUCAUGAAAAUAAACUACAUAGUGGGCAACUAACUUUCAUGGGCUGAAGAGACUCGUUGUCUGGGAGGAAGAGGAAGCAUUGUAUUGAAGAUGAAGGUGAUGUUCUGGAAUGCAAAUGUGAUGUAUGGUGAUUUCUUCAAUCUGCAAGAGAGAUUGAAUGGCACAUUAUCUUCUGUAAGAUAACUAAUGGGGGGUGAUUGGUUGACUGGCCUCUCCACUAUAGAGGAUAGAGGAGAAGUAGGUGUGUGAUGGAGCUAGUUAAUGAGUCUGGGUUUCAAGGACUGGAGAAGUACGAGUCCAGAAUCUCUGAGUGAGUGGAAGGGGAUUGCAGUGAACUGACCCAUUUUUUCUAGUAAUCAAGGGGCAACGCUUGCAUAUGAGAAAAUUAUGGAAAAAAAUGAAAAAUAGAAGCGUCCAAGUUGUUUUUGUAAGGAGUUUGAAUUCUUUUACUUAGUGGAAAGGUAUUGCAGCAGAAAAGUUUACGCACAUCAGGUGGGCAACACCUGAUGGAAAUGUGCCAUUUCAGGAGUUUUAGUAACAGUGAUGUACUAACCAAUAUCCGUUAAUGGUGACUUCCAUGUUCUCAAGCUGUAGGGAAUCUCCCUCGCUUUUGAAACCUGAAAUUUCGGUUUUUAGAAAUCUAUGCUUUGAUGUAUUGUCAACAACACUGAAGUUAGUUAAUUUGAAGUGUAAGUCUAGCGACAAAUAUAAUAAUUCUUAGUCAUAAUUGUAUUAUAAAUUAUACUAAAUGAAAGGGACAUGAUAAACAGAGAUUGAAAUCACCGUAUAUUACAAUUGCAUUGAUAACAUGCAAGUCUACUGGAGAUCAGCAAAGCAACGGGGGUAGUCGAUUGACUACACAGGUUGCCCAGUUGAUUGCAUCACCAAGUCAUAGAGGACAUUAGAUCGAUUCUGCUCACAGGUUUAGAGCUGAUGGAACAUAUGAGGUCAUGCUAGCCUUCAAGGGCACUUGGAUUGCUUUUAUCAAGGAAAACUGAUCCUCUGCUGUUCUCCGUAAGUCAAGUGCUUCAUUGCUCCUUUCUCACGCUCUUUUUUUUCUUCAGUUUUUUUUAUCUUGUGAUAAGGCUUUUCUAUCCACUGUUAAGUUCCCAAAUUGACCGGACUUUGCUAGCUUGAUCAGGCUCCCAUUGUUUUCUGUAUUUCGAAGACUGAGGAUGGCGAUUCGUUGACUUUGUGAGUGCCAUAUUUGUUGAAGUUCCUGAUGACAAGGGAUCAUUCCUCAAAAUACUUUCAUGGUGCCCACAUGUUAGUUGUUUAUAACUUCUCAUAACAAACCGUUGCUUCAUCUGAUCAUUGGCUGCCAAACCACCACCCCCUUUGACUUAUGGGUGAUGAGGAAUCUUCCUGAAGAACAUCAGAAGAUUGGUGUGAAAAAAGAAACAGAUGCCAGCCUAAUUCCCAGGGAGAUAGUUUCUGGUCAGACUUUACUAGGAACCGAAGUCCUAUUUCACACAGUCUGAUGAAUAACUGCAAUGUAGACAGUGCCUUCUGAGAAUAUCUGGUGACCAAAGAUUGGCUUGCCGAUUUUUGUUGCAUUUCUUGCACCGCAUGCAGCGAAAAUAGUUGUCUUUGUGAUGAACGCCAGCGAUGGGGGAAUCAGUCUCUGUGACCCGAUUCAUCUAGUGGCUUGUAGAUACGUUUUAAUCUUUUACUUGAUUUUUUGGGUUAAUUUUUGGUUUUCGUGCAGUGCGAUUUGCUGGAUUUCCCCGCCGUUGGACAACUAGAAAAGGAUCCCAAUUACACAUUGGUUUAUGAAUUGUUGAGGAUCCUCCUCACUCAGAGACUUGACGCUUACUUGGAAUUCCACUCAGCAAACUCAACCCUGCUGAAAAGCUAUGGUAUGAUCCGCUAUUUCCUCUUUCAGAUACCCUUUCAUGUGAUUGACUCCUUGUGGGAGGCAACAUAUAGGCCUUGUUCAUGAGGAUUGUGUAACCAAGAUGAGGCUGGUGACGCUGGCUGAUCUGGGCUCCUAUGAUUCCGGCGAAAUCCCCUACAGUCUCAUCAAAGAAUCACUCGCCGUAUGCCAAUAAUCCCACCCCCCCCCCUUUUUAUAUAUUCAGUCUCCUCCCCACCUCUGCUUUUAAAUAUCGAUUGGAUCCUACUGCAGAUCACCGACGAUGAGGUUGAAUACUGGGUGGUUAAAGCAAUUGCAGCGAAGCUCAUCGACUGUAAGAUGGAUCAGAUGAAUCAGUCUGUGAUCGUCAGGUGAUCGUCUUGUUCUGUCUUUUCAUCGAUCUAGCUACUGUUCUUGUGAAAAAUAUUCUUGUUAUUUUUCUGUGCCUUUUUUUAGUGUGGAUUUUUUAGUGAUCCUGGUGGACUCUUUGCCCAUAAUUCCAGUACAAUCUUCUGGUUGUGAUUCUGACUGAUCCUGGCGAGAAUUCUGAACCUGGGCUUUAAUCGGAAUGGGGCAUUCUUAAAUAUUCCUUAGCAUCAGUUCUUUUUUCUCUUGAUUUCAAUCAUCAAUGCUAGUCUGGUGAUACGAUUGUUCUUCCUCUUUCAUUGGUUUAUUAUACACAGUUCUUAUGAAAUAUAUCGAGCUGAUGAUAAAAUCAUUCAUACCUUUUAUGCGAUAAUUCUGAACCUGGGCUUCAAUCGGAAUGGGGCGUUCUUAAAUAUUCCUUAGCACCAGUUUUUUUUUCUCUCGAUUUCAAUCUUCACUGCCUAGUCUGGUGAUACUAUUGUUCUUCCCUCUUUCAUUGGUUUAUUAUUUUGCACAGUUCAUUUGAAAUAUAUGAAAUCAUUCAUACCCUUUGAUGCUUGAUCCAUGGGCAGCAUCUGCUUGAAUCCUUGUGGAACUCUGAAUCUACGAUUAAUCAUAGUUUCAAUGGCGAGUCCUUCCCAGUUUUGAAGCAUCUGAUCUUCUUCCUUGCAGCCGGACCACCGAGCGUGUAUUUGGUUUGCGGCAGUGGAAAGGGCUGAGAUCAAAGCUUGGCAUCUGGAGGGUAUAGACAUGAACCCAAUUCUAGAUUAUUAAUCUCCUUAAUUUCUACAUUCAGUUAAUCCUCAAUGUUUUUUUAAUCUGGUUUAAUGUUCUUCAGGGGCCCGAUCUUAUUUAAUCUCCGUAAUUUCUACAUUAGUUAAUCCUAAAAAACAAUUAUCUGGUUUUAAUGAUCUUCGGACCCGAUCUUCUUAAUCUCCUUAAUUUCUACAUUCAGUUAAUCCUCAAUUUUUUUUUAAUCUGGUUUAAUGUUCUUCGGGCCCAAUCUUAUUAAUCUCCUUAAUUUCUACAUUUAGUUAAUCCUCAAAAAAAAAAAACUGUUUUUAAUGAUCUUCGGACUGAUCUUAUUAAUCUCUUUAAUUUCUACAUUCAGUUGAUCCUCAAUUUUUUUUAUAUCUGGUUUAAUGUUCUUCGGGCCCAGUCUUAUUAAUCUCCUUAAUUUUUACAUUUAUCUAAUCCUUAGAAAAAUAUGUAUCCGGUUUUAAUGAUCUUCGGACCAAAUCUUAUUAAUCUCCUUAAUUUCCACUUUCAGUUAAUCCUCAAAAAAAUUUAAUCUGGUUUAAUGUGCUUUGGGGGCCCGAUCUUAUUUAAUCUCCUUAAUUUCUUCAUUUAGUUAAUCCUCAGAAAAAAAUUAAUCUGGUUUAAUGAUUUUCGGACUCGAUCUUAUUAAUCUCCUUAAUUUCUACAUUUAGUUAAUCUUCAAAAAGAAAUUUAUUUGGUUUAAUGAUCUUCGGACCCGAUCUUAUUAAUCUCAUGAAUUUCUAUAUUUAAUUAAUCCUCAAAAAAAUAAAUCUGGUUUAGUUAAUGAUCUUCGGACCCGAUCUUAUUGAUAUCCUUAAUUUCUAUAUUUAGUUAAUACUCAAGAAAAGAUUUAUGUGGUUUAAUGAUCUUCGGACCCAAUCUUAUUAAUCUCCUUAAUUUCUACAUUUAGUUAAUCCUCAAAAAAUUUAAUCAGGUUUAAUGAUUUUCGGACCCAAUGCUCAAAAGGUUGCUAUUUUUACACAUGAUUGUCCUAAAUUAUCAGUUUUACAAUCCUCCAAAUAUAUUUCUAUAUUUGUCAAUUUUAAUGAAUAAUCAUCUUUUUUUUUCCUGUAUGAAUAAAUUUUAUUCGAUCCCCAUUCCACUCUUUUCAUCGUAUCUUCCUGAUACUUCUAUAUUUUUAAUAAUUUUAAUCAAUAUUCUUCUCACACUUUCUAUAUUCGGCAGAUUCCUUUUAUUAUUUAUAUUUUCGCCGAUUUUAGUCGAUCUUCCCUGCAGAUUUUUCAUCACAUCCUCCUAAUGUUUCCGACAUUAAAUCAUGCUUAUAUUUUUUUAGUUCGUCAAUUUUUAUUAAAUGAUAGUUUUUGUAUUUUUUCAGCACAUCCCCCUAAUAUUUCUGAAAAAAAAAAAUUCAGGGAAAUGUCAUGAACAUGAUCAACACGAUUCAGGCCAGCAGGAGCUCAGAGGAAGCUGCCGUGGCGAUGUAG